AUGGAGGAUGAAGCUGAGGAUCAUGGCCUCGAAGACAUCUCGUCCAUGAGCGACGUGUCGCGCAGCUUUGUCGAUGAUUCUGUUGUCUAUGACAGAACCGAGGUCAGCGGUCCCGUCGAUGUCUCUAGUGCCGAUGCCAGGCACGAGAACGACGACAGCGCCAUCAUCGACCAAAGCCUGAGAGCCGACGCUGUGGAUCAGAGCAUGGAUGCCAGCACAGAAGACCAAAGCCAAAGUGACGAGGAGCGCGGGGGCGAUCAGACGAUGGAUGCGAGCGGAGAAGACCACAGCGCCUCUUUCGACGAUGAGGUCAGCGAGGAAACCAGUGCCCACACGCUGUCACCGGACGCCAGCGCUGCCGAGUCGCUAGCUGCAGAUGCCAGUGUCGUCGAUCAGAGCAUCAUCGUGCACCCAAUCGACGCUUCUGUGGAAGCUAGUGUCAAUGAUCAGUCCCCGGAGGCAAGCGUUGCCGACUCUUUGGCCGCUCUUGGCAGCAGCGAUCAGAGCGGGGAUUUCGGUGCUCAGACCGAGAGCGAUGGCGCUGAUGUUGCCCAGGACGCCCAAGUAGAGGUCUCCUUAGCCCUGUCUUCUACGGAGGAGGCGGACAUCGACAAGUCACUUGAAGGGACAGAAGAGUCGAACGAAUCUGGCGAGCCUGUCGUUGCCGAGACGUCCUUCGCCACUAACGAGACUGUUGACUCGGCCCUCGAUUCAUCAGGCAGCCAAGACGGAUCUCAAGCAUUCGACCUCUCUCAAGCCUCUGAUGGAACUCAAGUGUUCGACCGGUCCCAAGUCUCUGACGACGCGGUUUCCCCCGAGCACAACUCGUUCGUCGACACCGUUGAGCGGGACGACGCAUCAGCAGACGCGUCGCUCGCCGAGCAGAGCGCAGUGGAACAGUCCGAAUCUGAUAUCGCCACGACUGCUCCUAUCGGAACAGCAUCGAACACCAUGAACACGGACAUCAGUCUUUCGGUAGACCAAACAGGAAUCUCUGCUGCUGCACCGGUCAUCGAUGGAACCCUGUUACCGCAGCCCGUCGUCCUCAUCGAAACCCUGCCGGAGGAUUCGAGCGCGAUUCUGGCGUGGAAAGCGCAUCAGGCUAGCUCUAGCUUGGGUGUCAGCCGUGCUAUCGCUGCGAAGCCAAGCGGUGACGUUUCCACCUCCUUCAUCGACAAGGACGCUGAAGACGGCUUGAUGGCGGAUGCCAGCGUUUCGAUAGCACAGCAGGAAUUGCUGAAGACGGAGGUUGUCGUGGAAGAGAGUGGCGCGAUACCUCGCUCUGAUUCUGUGCAUUCGAUCCUCUCCUCUCUCUCUUCCAUCGACGCUUCCGAGCAGGACGGAGAGGAUGAAGAGGAAUUUAGGCAAAAGUACCAGAGAAGUCGCGAUACGGUCUUGGAUCGCAGCGUCGGCCUUUCUCGUCGGCUCUCGUUGAGCAGUGACUCGGAGCAUGAGAGUGAGGUCGAAGCACCAUCCUCUUUCAGCAGUGCAGAGCAUAAUGACGCCGACGAAGAUGCCCAGGACGCCGAAGAGAGCUCUUCUCGUCUUGACGCGUCGCAGAGCAAGCGCGCUCAAAGCCAUGUUACCGAUCACGACGAGGAGCUCGCGGACGACAGCAAUGAUGACGAGGAGGACGAGGAAGUUGAUGACGAGUCUGUAUUGACCGACGAUGCUACUUCCAGUGGCCAAGAGGAUGAGGACGAAGACGAAGAGGAGGAGGGGGAAGAAGAGGCGGCUGAGGAGGAAGCAGAUGCAGAAGGCGUUGAAGAGAUGAGCGAGGCUGAGGAAGUGGAUGAUGAUGAUGAUGACGACGACACCGCAUCCGUCCAAUCGCAGUUGGACGAGGAUGAGCAGAGCGCUUCACGUCUCGACCCAGUCGUCAUCAUCUCCUCUUCUGCCUCUCCCUCGAACGCUUCCGGCUCCCAUUUGCAUUCGCACGACGACGCAGAAGAAGACGAAGAGGAAGACGAAGAGGAAGACGAAGAGUCGUUCGUCAUCAGCGUGGUCCGCGACUCGCGCGACCGCUCCCUUCGCGCCAGCGAGCACAGCGUCAUCGAUGACGAGCCCGAAAUACACACUCUCCACCUCCGACAACCGGCCCCUCGCCACACCUCGUUCGCUGACGACCAAACUAUGGGCGGCGAUGCCUCGCACUCCCGCAGUCGCGUCCUCAAGCUCGGUCAAGCCACCUCGACGCCUAUUGUUGAGAUCUCGUCGCUCGACCCGCGCGCAGCCGCUCGCGCUACGGCGAUCCUCAAGCUCUUCCACAAGUACGUGGACGAAGGCUGGAUCUCUGGUGCCGAGAUGGGUGAUGCGACCGAGGGGAGGAUGCGCAGGGUGGUGGACGCGAUUCAUCGUGCGGAUCGGCAAGGAAGGAGGUUGGAGGAUGCGAGCGAGCUGCAGCAGCUGAGUGUGGCUGCGAGCGAACGAGAGGGGGCGGAUCUGACGACGCUGUUGAUGGAUGCAGAGCUGUCGUUGGCGAGGGAGGAAACGGGCGAGACAGAGAGCUUUUUGGCGUCGAGGGCGACGAGCGUGGCUUCUGUUGCGGGGAUGGCGUCGCCUGCAACGCCGUUCUUGCCUGGUGGCUUCCGAGCGACCCCCGCCAACGCUACCCUUGCUGCCACUGGCGCCGUCGGUGGUGCGGGACAGACUGCUUCCCCGUCCACCACCGCAGCGUCGCGAGCGACACUUGCAGGUGGUCAUGGCGACACCUCUUCCACCUCAGCCACCACCAACGUCAGCAAGCGCAAGCACCCCAUCGCUUCAUCGCACAGCUUCACCUUCCCAGGACUCUCGACCCCGGAUCGUUCUUCGACUCAUCGCCCGCCAGCCAAACAAGCACGCCUCUCAGCCGCGUUAGCCCCGCCUUCGCUAGACGCGUUCAACCCGCGCGUGUGGGACACAAAGGACUGGGUCCGACUCGACAAGUACUUCACUUCUGGUGUCAAAAAGAUCUCCUCGCACCUCCUCGUAGCCUCCACCAGAGGACCGACACGCACUGCGAAAGCGAACAGCUACGUCGAUGCGUUGUUGGGCAUCGACGUGGACGAGGUUGCCGAGCUGUUCUUGGACGAGAUGCGCAUCCCUGAAGAUAAGCGGUCGAACGAGUGGACGGCGGUCAAGGUGGAGCAUCGGCUGCUGGCGCUGCAGAGGAAGUACCUGCGUAAAGUUGAGCGCAAGUAUCCGCAUGUCUCUGGUGCGCAGGAACAGCGAGGAGGCGAGGGUGAUGGGAGCAUGGCGACGGAGGACCUGGAUUGGAGUUUGAGUGGCCAUACGACGGCGGUUAAUGAACGGUCGGAAGGUGCUGCGUCUGGUGGUGGGAGGGGAAGGGUGUCGUUCGGGACACCAUAUCGGAUGGGAGCGCACAGCACGCCUGCAGUAGGACUACUCAAGAGGGCAACGAGUAGAGCGGCCAAGGAACGUGCAGUGCAGCAGGAGCAGCAGGAGCAACAGGAGCGUAUGUAUCCUCCUCUGCCGAUCCCACCUCCCUCUUCAACAUCGACAGGCACAACGAAGGCAGCGGCAGAUGAAGAGGGAGUGAUGACCAAAGCUUCCAAAUUCAUCUCGAGGCUCAGUGGAAGCUUUGGGGGGCUGCUUGCCAGUCCGAAACCCUCCCACACCGAGGUCAGCGCCAUACGCACGGCGGGGGAUAAGGGCAAAAGGAAAGCGACAGAUGUCGAGCUCGAACCGUCCCCUCGCAUCGCCCGACGACGUGUCGACGACAGCAUCGAAGCGGACCUCACCGCGUCCACCGACACAUCCCGAGGCGAGACCACAGUCGACUCGCUCCUCAGCCUCAACGAUGGCAGAGUGCGGAGUACCAUCAACGCGUCCAUGUACACCAACGCGACCACUGUUUUCCCGGACGAGGCAUCCACUCGGAAGCCCACUGCGACUCGAACACAGCCCCGCAUUGCCGCUGCCUCUGCGUCCACGAGCAGAGGAGCAGGUGUACGCGCAACCGGGAGCGGUGGCAGAGUCGGUUUCACGUCGUCGCGUCAGUUGGCAGGCGGGUCGUCGGGGGUGUCGCAUACCCCUCUGUCGCUUCUCUCGCCCGCCACGCACCGUGUAGCCGCGCGCAAGGUGGAUGAGCUCAGGCAGAGCAGGGCCGAGCGCAACUGGACGAGCCCACGCCGUCAGCGCUUGGCGUUGCAGCACAGCUCCACCAAUCCCCACACCACCGGCAGCACCAGUACGGUCAGCGGGAGCAGGCGGCCGACGACCAGUAGUGCAGCAGCUAAGGGACGGAGUCGAGCUGUAGCGCCCAGCGUGGGCGCCAAUACGAGCAGCGGCAACGACAGCAGUGGCCGGGACGGCAGCAUUCGCAAUUCAUCCGACGAGGAGAGCAGUGUGUCGCUGGCCGACAUUGUCACGUCGGCUGCAGCUCGGAGUGCGGUGUUGCAGAAGCGAGGGGGUAGCGGGGUGCGCGACGCUGCUGCUGCCGCUGCUGCCGCUGCUACUGUUGGCAUUCAGGGUAGACGUCGUCAGUGA